UGCCACAAAAAGUAAGUGGCUCUAACGGAUCAAAAAAUGUCAUUGUUUAUCUACUGCUACAGAAAUGGCUCCGAAAAGACUUAUUUGUUCGGUGAUUUCUCGUUUACAUGAGUCGAGCAUUUAAUUGAAACACUUAAACCUGCAGCACUUUUCUGAGUUUUAACGGUAAUCCUAGGUAUGCUAACAGUACUCGGCUAAAUGCGUGAACUUCAGUCAGCUGUUUCUGGUUUCAAGCUCUUCCUGUCAUGGAGUGCGCGAAUAUUUCCAAGUAUUCCUGGCUGGAUUUGGCGUUCACCGUGAUUGGCGUGUGCACCUAUCUGUUCGACGUGGGCUCGGACCUGUGGGUUGCGAAGGAGUUUUACGUGCAUGGAGAUUUCAUCUGGUUCGGGGUCUUGGUGGGCUUCAUGCUCGUAUCAUCUGUCACCGUUCAGCUCUACAGCUGGUUUUGGCUUCAGUAUGACCGCAAACUGGAGAACUUCGAAUCUCAGGAGUCCGCCGGGAAUGUCGUUUUGUUCAGUGGAGCGAAAAGAGUCACAUUUUCGCUGCUUUUGCACGUUUUUCAGCUGGGACUCUUUAUCAGGCACAUAUCUGCGAUCUGUCAGGGAUUUCGUGUGUGGUGUCAUGGAGGUGAAGGCUCGGAGUAUGCGGUUUAUCAGACUCAUGACCUCAGCAUGCUGCGUCUGAUUGAGACGUUUUGUGAAAGCGCACCUCAGCUCACCCUUAUGAUGUACAUCAUGCUGCGCAACAACCACGCAAGGAUUGUCCAGUGUGUGAGUGUGGUCGCCUCCACUACUUCUAUGGCCUGGAUGGUGGUGGAUUACCACCAGUCUCUUCGUUCAUUUCUGCCAGACAAGGACAAGCAAGGGUGUUUGUCUUCAGUGGUCUACUUCUUCUGGAACCUCUUUCUGAUUGGUCCACGUGUGGUAGCGGUGGCUCUCUUUGCCUCUGUGCUGCCCUGUUUUAUUGCUGUUCACUUUCUGUUAUUGUGGUCUGCAUUUGUGUUAUGGGCCUGGAGGCAAGGCACUGAUUUUAUGGACAGCCCGCCAGGGGAAUGGCUCUACCGGGCCACCAUAGGUCUCAUCUGGUACUUCAGCUGGUUCAACGUAUCAGAAGGACACACCAGAGACAGGGGUUUCAUCUACCACACAUUUAUGAUAGCAGACACUGGCAUCCUUUUGACAACUUGGUGGAUGUACCGCGACGUAGAGGCGACUCAAUCAUACGCCGUCAGUUUGAUAAUCGCAAUCCCGCUUUGUUACGUCUUGGGGCUACUGAUCAAAAUCCUCUACUAUUGCUGUUUUCAUCCCAAACUGUGGCGGCCACCGGAUUUGAGGAUGGCUGCAGAUGCAUCAGAUGGAUUGGAGCCGUCCAGGGUUGUUCAGACUGUCGGUGCUUCUUUUCAAAGCUUCAACAACAGGAUGUUCAAACACGCUGCUAACUUUUACGUAACAAAUACCUCCCGUGCAUUUAAGACAAAUGAAUGUGAAGCACGUAUGUGAAUGCGUCAGUACUGUACAAACGAGUCAUACCUGUGUUUAUCUUUAUUCAGUUGGUGAAAUCUUAAUAGCUAGUUAUAAUGAUAACGUUACAGUUCGCAUGAAUAGUCACUUUAUUUAAUAAACGAAUACAUCACCCAAAGUCAAGUUCUCAUGACUUUCCCACAGUCAUAUUAGAUUCUUCUGAGGAACAAAAAGAUUUUGGGUGAGCUGAUAAGCUCGAAACAGGACAAAACAACUCAAAGCCAUCAAAGUGUUUUUUUUAAGAGAAUAUAGCCAUUAUUUUAAACAUAAGGACGUUUUUCGAUGGCUAUAUGUGAUUUAACAAAAUAUAAGCUGUUUUCUACUCUAUUCAUUCAAAAUGUUGUACUUGCAUGAAAUGAGUUUCUGUGGAAUCUGAUUCAGUGAAUAUUUGACUUUUCUUUAAUGUGGAGAUUUUAAAUAUAGGAAGGAAUUGCUGCCUUAUUCAUGGUGCCAAAACUAUUUUCAUUUUUUGCACAUAUACACUCUUCUGCCACUUUAUAUACAGUGGGGACAGAAGUGUUUAAUACGUCACCAUUUUUCUCAGAAAACAUAUUUCUAAAGGUGCUGUUGACUCGAAAUUGUUACCAGAUGUUGGUAACAACCAAAGAAAUCCACACAUGCAAAGAAAACAAUAUUAUUUAGUUUACAAAUUAAGUUGUGUAAAAUGGAAUGACGCAGGAAAAAAGUAUUGAACACAUGAAGGAUGGGAGGUGUAGAAAAGCAGUGAAAGCCCAGACAGCAGCUGAAAUCUCUCAGUAGUUACUCAGCUGUUCAUCAGUUCAUUCUUGUUUUUACCAUUCGGCAUUGUAAAUGAAUAUUAGCUACUUCAGUCCAACAUCUACAUUAGCAGGAUGAUGAAGAUGAAACCAGGAUGGACAUUUCAGCAAGACAAUGAUCCAAAACACAGCCAAGGAAACUCUCAAAUGCUUUCAGAGAAAGAAAAUCAAGCGGUAGAAUGGCCCAGCCAAUCACCUGACUUGAAUCCAAUAGAAAAUACUAAAUAAAGAUCAGAUUUGAUAGACGAGACCCACAGAACCAUCAAGAUAUUGACACUCUGGAGUUGAACACUGAAAAACUCACACCUGAGCAAUGCAUGACUUCAUUCUCCAUAUGAGAGGCGUCUUUAAGUAUUAAAUACGGUUCAGUACGUUCUGCUUGUGUCAUUCCAUUGAUAUUACACACAACAAUGCUUUUUUUGUUUUGUUAUAUUUUUAUGUUUGUAUUGUUUGGGGUUUUAUCAAAAUCUGGUUCAGUUCCAUGUCAACAGCUUCCUUAGAAUAUUUUUCUCACAAAAAACAUGACAUGUACACCCCCUUUUCCCAUUAGAAAUGGCUUAAAGUUUGCAUGAAAUCAGUUUAUUCUUGUUUUUAUACAUAAACAUACAUCGUGUUUGUUAUAUCUGUGCACUACAUAUUAUUUUGUAAAAUUGUAUUUGCCCCUCAUAGUCUUUAAUGAAACACCAUAACCUUUCCUCCCCCUACGAAACAACUUUUCUUCACUUCAUGUCACAUGGAUUGCCUUUAUGUUGGGGCUGCCUACUUCUUUUUCUCAUUUUGAGAUCAUUUUAAUUGUAUGUAUGCCAUGAUAUGUGAAGAAUGUACAAUCUUAACUUCCGUUUUAUGCUGACUUUAAUAUUUGUGGCAUAAUUUCAACAAGGUUUCAGUCUAUGUUGACAUAUUAUCAUGGAUCAUUGCUGCUGAUUUAUUACCUGCACUUCCAUGAUAUGAAGUGCUCAUUUCAGCACAUGCUAAAGGUGCUCUAUUGGAUUGAGGUCUGGUCUCUGUGAAGGCCAUUUGAGUAUAGCAAACUCAUUGUCCUUUUUAAAACACCUCCUGAGACAUAACACAUUAUCCUGAUGGACGUAGCUACUGUGGUCAUAAAUAGAUGGCUAGUACUUGGGCAAGCUGUUGUGUACAAAUGUUACUCAUAUGGUACAAAGUGUGGCAAGACAGUAAUACCUCUCACACACUACACUACCAGUGGCUUGAGCUAUUUAUACCAGGCUGGAUGGAUCUAAGAUUUCAUGUGAUUUACGGCAAAUUCCAAAUGACAAAGCCGGAUUUUUGACUCCUCAAUCAAUUUUUCAACUAGUCUUCUAUUGUCUGAUUUUAGUGAGUCUGUGUGAAUUUGUCUGCUUUAAGGUUUGACAUGUUGCAUCAACAUGAUUCAGAGAUGCUCUUCUGCAGACCCUGGCUGUAAUGAGUUGUUAUUCGAGUUGCUGAUGCCUUUUCUAUUGGCUUAAACCAGUCUGCUCAUUCUCCUCUGACCUUUGGCAUCAACAAGGCAUUUGUUUGUCCACAGAACUGCCGCUCACUAUUCUCUAAACCCUAGAGAUGGUUGAGAAAAAUGUCAGUAUAUCAGCAGUUUUUGAAAUACUCAGUCCAGCCCGUCUGGUACCGACAUCCAACAUCAUAUUGUGUCAUUUAUAUCACCUUUCUUCCCCAUUCUGAUGCUCGGGUUUGCAGAUCAACUGGAUUUUGCUUACAUGCCUGAAUUCUUUGAGUUGCUGGCAUGUGAUUGGCUGAUUAGAUAUAGAUACAGAUUAGCCACAUUUCAACGGAUGUACCUAAUAAAGUGGCAGGUACUUUGGUUGUAAACCCUAACCCUAACUAUU